AUGGAAGUUUUGACUGCAUAUGAAAUAACACAGGGACAGCUGAUUAAUAAAUCCAAGUCAGCAAUCUAUAUGCAUCAUUAUUCUACUUCUCAGGUGGUGAACAAAGUAGAAAGGAUCACAGAUAUUUCAAAGCAGGAGAUCUCUUUUACCUAUAUGGGUUGUCCAAUCUUUUAUGCUAGAAGAAGAAUGGAUUAUUACAGUGGCCUCAUCACUAAGUUUGAGAACCGGACUGGUUUGGGUGCUCUUUAUUUUGUUACACCUACAAAUUUCGUUUGUGAUGAAUCGAUUCAAAACGUAUAUGAGGUAGUAACUUAUGGGCAGUGGGAUGAGGAGAAGAUUAGAGAAAUAUUACCAAUGGAGUUAGCUACUCACAUACUGGAAAAUAACAAACCACCAUUGGUACAUGAUGUUCUAGACAAACCUUCUUGGAUGCUUGAACCAACAGGUAACUUCAGUGUAAAGUCAGCCUGGGAGUACAUUAGACAAAGGAAAGAACCUUGCAAUGCAUAUAGGAUGAUUUGGGUAAAGAGAUUACGUUUUAAAAUAUCAUUUUUCAUGUGGAAGCUUUGGAGAAAUAAGCCGCCUCUCGAUGAUUUCUUUAGGAGACUUGGUUAUAUGAUGGCAUCUAGAUGCUGGUGUUGUUCUAAUCCAAGAGAGGAAACUACACAGCACCUUUUCUUCACUUCAUAUGCUAUUGUUAGAGUGUGGUCUUACUUUCUAAAUAAUGCUGGAAUAUCACUAGAAGGAAUCACAUUCCACCAGGCAGUGAUCAAAUGUUGGACUGCAAGAAUUUCCUCCACUCUUCAAUCUCUUAUCAAUUACAAAAAACCUGGCCUUCAACAAGUGCCUCAUAGAUGGCCAGAUCAUAUCGAUGUGCUGGAGAAAUACACACCCAUGCUGCAGAUUACUAAGGUUAUGUGGGAGUAUGAAAGCCCAGGAUGGGUGAAGGUAAAUACAGAUGGGGCUUCUAAGGAAAAUCCUGGGAGAAGUUCUAUUGGUUUUUUAUUGAGAAAUGAGGAAGGAGAUGUGAUAUAUGCAUUUGUUAAAGAAGUUCAAGAGGGGACAAAAACAGAAGCAGAGGCAAAGGUUGUGGCAGAGUAUGUGGAGGAGAUUAAGGAACUAAUGCAAAUAAAUAACAUCAUAGUCAAUCAUACACUGAGAGAAGGCAAUAAAUUGGCGGAUAAUUUGGCUAACUAUGCACUAGAUAAAGGCCUUAUUGAAGCACAUUGUUUUGAGGAGCUUGAUAUUCAGAGUAGGAGUAUUGUAAAUAACGACAAGCUACAGUGCCCAUAUCUGAGAAUAAAGGUUGCAAGAUGA